CCCUUCUUUACGCCCACCUCAGCGUCCUCCUCCUCUAUCUCUCUCUCCCUCCCUUCCGCGCGCGCUCGCUCUCUCUAUCGGCCCUCCUGCAACGCACCGCAACGCUCCUCUCCUCUCCUCCUCACUGGGGCUGAUCAACCGAGCAUCCACCUCGCCUCCUCCAAAUUGGUUUGUCAUUUGUGACCCUGCUCUCUUCGUGUCUGUCUCUCUCUCUCUCUCCCCUGUGCGUGAGUGUGCGUGAGUGUGCGCUGACCACGGCGCUUCUGCUUCUGCUGCUGCUGCUCUGCGCCUGUGGACCCCGAGCACAGCCAAGUCUGUAAGAACACAGAAGCGGCGAAGAGAGGGAAAAAACGGGAAGGGAUACAGACGGAUAGAGGGGGAGAGAGAAAGCCUGAGCUCCCGCCGCAGCAGCAGUUCUCAGCGGGCUCGUGUUUUUUUCUGGACGUUACCUCUUGAUUUGGAUAGGUGCUUUCUUUGCCUCACCAACACCUCGUUUUUGAAGGACGUGUUUUUGGUUUGGUCUGCACGGUUUAGGAAAAGGACAGCCACGUUUGCUCCCGUGUGGACAACCCCCCGUUUUUCCUCCGAUUUGGGCGAUUUUUCUAAAGCAAAGGUGUCCCCUGACUUGCCUGCGCUGGAUGUGUGUUCGCGCGCACAGCCCUGGUUUGUUCUGUUGCGCUCACGGAUCGAGGCACCGUGCUGCUUUUUGAGAUGUGAUGCUUCACGAGACUCGGGCGCUGAAAGAACACUAUUUGAGGUCUGUAUGGUGUCAAACGCACUGAGCUGUGAGGCAAACAGCUCGCCACCGGAGCGUCUGGGCUCAGCAGGAAGCGCCGCCAUAUUAACUUCCAGGUCAACUUUGGGCGUCAUGUGGGCCAGAUGUCUGCUCUUCCUCUGCAUCUUGAUAGCUCCCAUCGCCAUAGCCCACAGCCGCGCCCCUAUCCCGAUGGCGGUGGUGCGGAGGGAGCUCUCGUGCGAGUCGUACCCCAUCGAGCUGCGCUGCCCGGGCACCGACGUCAUCAUGAUCGAGAGCGCCAACUACGGGCGAACUGACGACAAGAUCUGCGACUCGGACCCCGCCCAGAUGGAGAACACGCGGUGCUACCUGCCCGACGCCUACAAGAUCAUGUCGCUCAGAUGCAACAACCGGACACAGUGUGCGGUCGUGGCCGGUCCAGACGUGUUCCCCGACCCCUGUCCCGGGACCUACAAGUAUUUGGAAGUCCAAUAUGAAUGCGUGCCAUAUAAAGUAGAACAAAAAGUCUUUCUCUGCCCUGGGAUCCUGCGCGGCGUCUACCAGAGCGAGCACCUGUUUGAGUCGGACCACCAGUCUGGAGCGUGGUGCAAAGACCCUCUCCAAGCCUCCGACAAGAUCUACUACAUGCCCUGGACGCCGUACCGCACCGACACGCUCACCGAAUAUUCUUCUAAAGAGGAUUUCAUCGCCGGCCGCCCCACCACGACUUACAAACUGCCCCAUCGCGUCGACGGGACUGGUUUCGUGGUCUACGACGGGGCGCUUUUUUUCAACAAGGAACGCACGAGAAAUAUUGUAAAGUUCGACUUGCGCACGCGUAUCAAAAGCGGGGAGGCUAUAAUCGCCAACGCUAACUACCACGACACUUCGCCGUAUCGUUGGGGAGGCAAGUCGGACAUUGACCUGGCGGUGGAUGAGAACGGCUUAUGGGUGAUUUACGCGACCGAGCAAAACAACGGACGUAUUGUCGUGAGCCAGCUCAAUCCGUACACGCUGAGAAUAGAGGGGUCCUGGGACACGAACUACGACAAACGCAGCGCUUCGAAUGCGUUCAUGAUCUGCGGCGUGCUCUAUGUGGUCAAAACGGUUUACGAAGAUGACGAUAACGAAGGGACGGGGAACAAGAUCGAUUACAUGUACAGCACGGACAAGGGCAAAGAAAUGGCCGUGAAUAUCCCGUUCCCAAACUCGUACCAGUACAUCGCCGCAGUGGAUUACAACCCCCGAGACAACCUGCUCUAUGUGUGGAAUAACUACCACGUGGUCAAAUACUCCCUGGACUUCGGCAACAAUGACUUUCGGCCCCCUGUGAUGCCCCCAAACAGAGGAGGAGGAGGCGGAGGAGGAGGAGGAGGAGGAUCAUCAUCUUCCACCAGCCGCACAACCACCACCCGCGCCCCUCCGUACUACACCACGCCCAGACCGCUCCUCACCACCUCUCCCGGUCAGCGCUACCGGACCACCACCACCGUCCGGCCGCCCAUGCUCAUCCCCGGGGGCGGGUCGUCCUCGGACACCAACCAGAUCCCAGAUAUAAACCAGAAAGUGCCCGGACGCUCGCCUGCGGUCGUGGUCCCGCCUCCAGCUGCCCCCCAGCCCCCCGUGAUGCCCCCUCAGGACUUCUGCACUCCCCGGAUCACUGCGGAUAUAUCCUGGCCGCGCACCCAGCAGGGACAGCUCGCCAAACAGCCCUGUCCAGUGGGGACUCUGGGCGUGGCUACGUACAUGUGCAUGUCCCAUUUGGGCUACUGGGAUCCCCAAGGCCCGGACCUCAGCAACUGCACGUCACCCUGGGUCAAUCACAUCAUGCAGAAACUGCGCUCGGGGGAGACAGCUGCCAUCGUGGCCCGAGAGCUGGCGGAGCAGACCAAAGGGCUGCUGCGGCCUGGAGACGUGCCCUCUACAGUGAGAGCCAUGGCCCAGCUCGUGGAACUACUGGACGUCCAACUAAGGAACCUGACCCCGGGAGGCAAGGACAGCGCCGCCCGCAGUCUCACCAAGCUUCAGAAGAGAGAAAGGUCCUGCAGGUUUUUCACACAGGCCAUGGUGGAGACAGUGAAUAAUCUGCUGCACUCCCGAGCCCAGGCGGCGUGGAGAGAGCUCCCCACCAGCGAGCAGCUGCACUCAGCCACGCUGCUCCUCGACACUGUGGAGACGGGCGCUUUCAUGUUAGCUGACAAUCUACUCAAGACUGACACUGUGCAGGAGACCACUGACAACAUCCAGCUGGAAGUGGCGAGGUUGAGCACCGACGGAAACCUUGUAGACCUGACGUUCCCCCAAUCAGAGCUACACGGAAACUCCAUCCAACUGUCAGCCAGCACACUCAAGCAACACGGCCGAAACGGUGAGAUCCGCAUGGCCUUUGUCCUCUACAGAAACCUGGGCUCGUACCUGUCCACAGAGAACGCGAGUGUCAGACUGAGCAGCGAGGCGGUGUACCCCAACUACUCCGUGAUCGUCAACUCCCCCGUCAUCACCGCCUCGAUUAAUAAGGAGAGCAAUAAAGUGUACCUGUCCGAACCCGUGGUGUUCACAGUCAAACACUUACAGCAUUCCGAGGAGAACUUCAAUCCCAACUGUUCCUUCUGGAGCUACUCCAAACGCACCAUGACUGGAUUCUGGUCGACACAGGACUGUCGUCUGCUGGCCACAAACCGCACACACACCAGCUGCUCCUGCACGCACCUCACCAGCUUCGCCGUGCUCAUGGCCCACGUGGAGGUCAAGAAAGCAGACAGCAUGCACGACCUGCUCCUGGACGUGAUCACCUGGGUGGGGAUCCUGCUGUCUCUGGUCUGCCUGCUCAUCUGUAUCUUCACCUUUUGCUUCUUCCGGGGGCUCCAGAGCGACCGCAACACCAUCCACAAGAACCUGUGCAUCAGCCUCUUCAUCGCAGAGUCGCUCUUCCUCGUGGGGAUCAACAGGGCCGACCAGCCGAUUGCCUGUGCUGUCUUUGCCGCCCUGCUGCACUUCUUCUUCCUGGCAGCCUUCACCUGGAUGUUCCUGGAAGGCGUUCAGCUCUACAUCAUGCUGGUGGAGGUGUUUGAGAGCGAGCACUCCAGGACUAAGUACUUCUACCUGGCAGGUUACGGGGUGCCCGCUAUCAUCGUGGCGGUGUCGGCAGCAGUGGACUACCGCAGCUAUGGCACGGACCGAGUGUGUUGGUUACGACUGGAUACAUAUUUCAUCUGGAGUUUUAUAGGACCUGCUACUCUGAUCAUUAUGCUUAACGUAAUCUUCCUGGGCAUAGCGCUAUAUAAGAUGUUCCACCAUACGGCGAUCCUCAAACCGGAUUCGGGAUGUCUGGAUAACAUCAAGUCCUGGGUCAUCGGGGCCAUAGCGUUGCUGUGUCUGCUGGGCCUCACCUGGGCGUUUGGCCUCAUGUACAUCAACGAGAGCACUGUUAUUAUGGCGUACCUCUUCACCAUCUUCAACUCGCUGCAGGGCAUGUUCAUCUUCAUCUUCCACUGUAUACUGCAAAAGAAGGUGCGGAAAGAGUACGGUAAAUGUCUGCGUACUCACUGCUGCAGCGGUAAAAGCGUGGAGACCUCCAUCUCCUCCUCCAGUAAGACCACCACGUCUCGGACGCCCGGCCGCUACUCCACAGGCUCUCAGGUGAGCUUACCUGCCUGCACACCUGGACGCUACAGCACAGCAGACUCCCAGAGCCGAAUCCGGCGCAUGUGGAACGACACCGUGAGGAAACAGGAGUCUUCCUUCAUCACUGGAGACAUCAACAGCUCUGCUACUCUCAACAGAGAGGGCAUUUUGAACAAUGCCAGAGACUCCAGCGUGAUGGACACUCUCCCUCUCAACGGCAACCACGCCAACAACUACAGCAUGGCCAGCAGCGAGUACCUGAGCGACUGCGUCCAGAUCCUGGAUCGCAGCGGGGGAUACGGUACCCACAGCAACCACAAGGAGACCACUCUGGAGAAGAAGAUCCUCAAAGAACUGACCUCCAAUUACAUCCCGUCGUACCUGAACAACCACGAGAGAGCGACCACGGAGCGCAACCACAACCUCAUGAACAAGCUGGUCAACAGCAGCAUGGCCAACGGAGGGAGCAUGCCGGGCAGCAGUAGCAGCAGCAGCAGCGGUGUCAGCGGCUGCGUGGUCAGCUCCAAAGAGGACCCCGGCCCCAUGGUGAUGGACAACCCCGCGGCCUUCCCCCACGAGGAGAACCUGGGCCUGGAGAUCAUCAGGGAGGAGUCCAACGCCCCCCUGCUCCCGCCGCGACCCCCGCCCCCGGACAGCCACCCGCCUCCGCCCCCUCCUCCGCACAGCUUCGCCAGGCCGCGCCGUAUGCCCCAGGAAACCAGCGAGAGCUUCUUCCCUUUACUGACCAACGAGCACACAGACGAGCACACGCACUCGCCCAAUCACAGAGACUCUCUUUACACCAGCAUGCCCGUGCUCACCGACCUGCCCGACGCGCACAUGAACGGGCUGACCGACGGCGAGGACGAGAGUUCGGGCGAGCUUCAGCCGUGUAAGAGCGCCACUGCUCCCGAGCUCGACGACGUCUACUACAAGAGCAUGCCGAACUUGGGGUCCAGAAACCACCUCCACGAAUUGCAAAGCUACUACCACAUGGGCCGUGGUGGCAGCGACGGGUACAUGGUUUCGGAAAAUAAGGACGAGUCGGAUUCCUCACCCGAAGAACCCCCCGUAGACCCUUCUCACCUGGUCACAAGUCUAUAGAGCUGCCCUUGAGACUGCUAUCCCUCCCCUCGAACAAAAACUGUUCCCAAAUCUGACAGACGGAGCUAGCCCGAGAUCGCCAAAUACUUGUGACACUUACUUCUGUGGUUGCCGGUUAAAAGUGCAAAGCAGGAAACUGAAUGUAUUGUCAUGAAUGGAGUCAACGGGCGAAUCUAUCUAAGACAAUUACUUGCGAAUGAAAAAGGAAACGGGGAGGGAUUUUGUAAUUUUCUUCACUGUUACUUUACUAUGGAAUCUUUGGAUUGAUCGUAGCUCUGCGAAUCUCCCCCCGAAUAUGGACCUUCUUUAGCAGAUCAUAGCAUAUAGUGUCCAAAAACCCGGUUAAAGGACCUGUCCGUCUGUUUGUCUGUCCUCUCCGUCACUCUCAAAAGACUUUGGAUGAAACUUCUCCGAAAAAAGGGAACGCGCAGGUGGUAAACAGUGCACAACGUGAUGAACUAGCCGCGAAAAGGCUCCGCCCCUUUACCUGCCAAUCAAAAUGGAGGAUGGACACUUCCCGAAAUGACUUAGAGGGGGCGAAGAAACUGUAAACAUAUCACUCCGAUGUUCUCUCUUCCUGUUUCAUAUCUGCUAAAAUGGAGUUGUGUCUGGGCUGGUGUAACAUUCCUGCGACUUGUAGUGACUCGCGGCUACUGUGUAUUUCAACGAAAAAUAAGGAAGCUCAUAUUACAGACUCGAUAGAAAAAAAUGGGUUAUCUUUCCUUUCUUCUGUAAGCAUUUUUCUGUUAUCAAAAGGAUUAUGAAGAAAUCACAAACUAUUUCUAUGUAUUGUACAGAAUACCAAUACAAAUGUUGCAUAUGACCAAGUCUUAUUUUUUACAUAUGAGUUUACAAAUUUUUUAUUUUUUUUUUGUCUGUGGAACUGUUUCGGAAAUGUCUCGACGCUCUGGUGUAGAAGGAGCGAGGAACUACCAUAUGUCAUAAUGCGUUUUCAUGAAUACAGAGACACUGAAGCACUUCUUUAAUUAUAAAACAUAUACCUGACACUCUUCAUCCUGGACUUUUUAUAGACACGUCGCUAUCACUCACUUUUGAGAUCAAUUAUUACUAUACUUUACCACUGUGUAGUUUUGAAGAGAUACAGAGACGGUUAUUACGGAGAUUCGUGAGAGCAUUUUAUAAGUUCGGAGCCCACAGGAAACAAAAAUAGGAAACGAACGGCAGCGUGUCCGUAUCCUCUCUUUUGCCAAAUACUAAUUGACGUUAACUGAUGUGCUGGUUGACACGGUUACUGUACGGAACAAAAGAGAUCCAAAUGUCAUUGCUGGAAGAAAGAGACAAAAGCAGAAGGGAGUUUUGACCCCGAAACGCCAAGAUUACACUGUAUAUGUGUAGUGAACAAAUGUGAAAACCACUGCAGCACUGUCCGACGAGGAGACGCCAAUGUUUACUUAUGUAGGAGGGUCGACUGGUAAAGCGUGUGAAGUGUCGCUCGCACAUGUGUCCCACAAGCCCCCUCCAUAUCCCCGAGAGAGAGAUUAUUUAUUUAUCUGUUUAUUGGUUUAAAGAUGGCAACACAAGCUAGAAGGGUAGAGGCCAGUUCUAUGUAGGACUAAAUAAAAGUGGCACUGGCUUUGUUUUUGGGUUAUUUUUUUAAAUUAUUAUGAUCAUGAUUAUUACAAUAUUAUGCUAAUUAUUUAUUCUUUUUGUAUGGGUUCAAAGUUGAAUGAUCUCAAAACUAAUAUUUGUUGUAACAGUGAAAGUUGUUUGCCAACAAAUAAA